AUGUGUAGCUUGAAGGAUCUUGUCUUCUGGGGCAAGAUGGGCUCGCUUUUCCCCUGUUUAGGCCCCAAUCUUGGAACACCUCUUGGUCAGUUUCUGUCACUUGACGUGUCUGUCUGCAUAAACAUUUGUGCUCCAAAGGCGGAUGGCCCUGUAAAAAAUAUCUACAAUGCCGUGUUCUACGUGAACUCGCUGCGUAGCAUACGAUUAACUCUUAAAGACACUUCCUCCAGACCACGUCUUUCGGAUGUAAAUCAGACCCAGUAA